GAAGACUCGAGAUUAGGAUCACUCCAUACCAUCAAGAAAGUUGAUGCUAUUGGGUCCAUCUCAAGCUGAUCUUGGCACCUCUCAUGCUCUGCUCUCUUCAACCAGACCUCUACAUUCCAUUCUGGAAGAAGACUAAAAAUGAUGUUUCCAGUGUGGACACUGAAGAGACAAAUUCUUAUCCUUUUUAACAUAAUCCUAAUUUCCAAACUCCUUGGGGCUAGAUGGUUUCCUAAAACUCUGCCCUGUGAUGUCACUCUGGAUGUUUCAAAGAACCAUGUGAUCGUGGACUGCACAGACAAGCAUUUGACAGAAAUUCCUGGAGGUAUUCCCACCAACACUACGAACCUCACCCUCACCAUUAACCACAUACCAGACAUCUCCCCAGCGUCCUUUCACAGACUGGUCCAUCUGGUAGAGAUCGAUUUCAGAUGCAACUGUGUACCUAUUCGAUUGGGGUCAAAAAGCAACAUGUGCCCCAGGAGGCUGCAGAUUAAACCCAGAAGCUUUAGUGGACUCACUUAUUUAAAAUCCCUUUACCUGGAUGGAAACCAGCUUCUAGAGAUACCGCAGGGCCUUCCACCCAGCUUACAGCUUCUCAGCCUUGAGGCCAACAACAUCUUUUCCAUCAGAAAAGAGAAUCUAACAGAACUGGCCAACAUAGAAAUACUCUACCUGGGCCAAAACUGUUAUUAUCGAAAUCCUUGUUAUGUUUCAUAUUCAAUAGAAAAAGAUGCCUUCCUAAACUUGACAAAGUUAAAAGUGCUCUCCCUGAAAGAUAACAAUGUCACAACCGUCCCUACUGUUUUGCCAUCUACUUUAACAGAACUAUAUCUCUACAACAACAUGAUUGCAGAAAUCCAAGAAGAUGAUUUUAAUAACCUCAACCAAUUACAAAUUCUUGACCUAAGUGGAAAUUGCCCUCGUUGUUAUAAUGCCCCAUUUCCUUGUACGCCAUGUAAAAAUAAUUCUCCCCUACAGAUCCCUGUAAAUGCUUUUGAUGCGCUGACAGAAUUAAAAGUUUUACGUCUACACAGUAACUCUCUUCAGCAUGUGCCCCCAAGAUGGUUUAAGAACAUCAACAAUCUCCAGGAACUAGAUCUGUCCCAAAACUUCUUGGCCAAAGAAAUUGGGGAUGCCAAAUUUCUGCAUUUUCUCCCCAACCUCAUCCAAUUGGAUCUGUCUUUCAAUUUUGAACUUCAGGUCUAUCGUGCAUCUAUGAAUCUAUCACAAGCAUUUUCUUCACUGAAAAGCCUGAAAAUUCUGCGGAUCAGAGGAUAUGUCUUCAAAGAGCUGAAAAGCUUUAACCUCUCUCCAUUACAUAAUCUUCAAAAUCUUGAAGUUCUUGAUCUUGGUACUAACUUUAUAAAAAUUGCUAACCUCAGCAUGUUUAAACAAUUUAAAAGAUUGAAAGUCAUAGAUCUUUCAGUGAAUAAAAUAUCACCUUCAGGAGAUUCAAGUGAAGUUGGCUUCUGCUCAAAUGCCAGAACUUCUGUAGAAAGUUAUGAACCCCAGGUCCUGGAACAAUUAUAUUAUUUCAGAUAUGAUAAGUAUGCAAGGAGUUGCAGGUUCAAAAACAAAGAGGCUUCUUUCACGUCUGUUAAUGAAAGCUGCUACAAGUAUGGGCAGACCUUGGAUCUAAGUAAAAAUAGUAUAUUUUUUAUCAAGUCCUCUGAUUUUCAGCAUCUUUCUUUCCUCAAAUGCCUGAAUUUGUCAGGAAAUCUCAUUAGCCAAACUCUUAAUGGCAGUGAAUUCCAACCUUUAGCAGAGCUGAGAUAUUUGGACUUCUCCAACAACCGGCUUGAUUUACUCCAUUCAACAGCAUUUGAAGAGCUUCGCAAAUUGGAAGUUCUGGAUAUAAGCAGUAAUAGCCAUUAUUUUCAAUCAGAAGGAAUUACUCAUAUGCUAAACUUUACCAAGAACCUAAAGGUUCUGCAGAAACUGAUGAUGAACGACAAUGACAUCUCUUCCUCCACCAGCAGGACCAUGGAGAGUGAGUCUCUUAGAACUCUGGAAUUCAGAGGAAAUCACUUAGAUGUUUUAUGGAGAGAUGGUGAUAACAGAUACUUACAAUUAUUCAAGAAUCUGCUAAAAUUAGAGGAAUUAGACAUCUCUAAAAAUUCCCUAAGUUUCUUGCCUUCUGGAGUUUUUGAUGGUAUGCCUCCAAAUCUAAAGAAUCUCUCUUUGGCCAAAAAUGGGCUCAAAUCUUUCAUUUGGGAAAAACUCCGUUAUCUAAAGAACCUGGAAACUUUGGACCUCAGCCACAACCAACUGACGACUGUCCCUGAGAGAUUAUCCAACUGUUCCAGAAGCCUCAAGAAUCUGAUUCUUAAGAAUAAUCAAAUCAGGAGUCUGACGAAGUAUUUUCUACAAGAUGCCUUCCAGUUGCGAUAUCUGGAUCUCAGCUCAAAUAAAAUCCAGAUGAUCCAAAAGACCAGCUUCCCAGAAAAUGUCCUCAACAAUCUGAAGAUGUUGCUUUUGCAUCAUAAUCGAUUUUUGUGCACCUGUGAUGCUGUGUGGUUUGUCUGGUGGGUUAACCAUACGGAGGUGACUAUUCCUUACCUGGCCACAGACGUGACUUGCGUGGGGCCAGGAGCACACAAGGGCCAGAGUGUGAUCUCCCUGGAUCUGUAUACCUGUGAGUUAGAUCUGACUAACCUGAUUCUGUUCUCACUUUCCAUAUCUGUAUCUCUCUUUCUCAUGGUGAUGAUGACAGCAAGUCACCUCUAUUUCUGGGAUGUGUGGUAUAUUUACCAUUUCUGUAAGGCCAAGAUAAAGGGGUAUCAGCGUCUAAUAUCACCAGACUGUUGCUAUGAUGCUUUCAUUGUGUAUGACACUAAAGACCCAGCUGUGACAGAGUGGGUUUUGGCUGAGCUGGUGGCCAAACUGGAAGACCCAAGAGAGAAACAUUUUAAUUUAUGUCUCGAGGAAAGGGACUGGUUACCAGGGCAGCCAGUUCUGGAAAACCUUUCCCAGAGCAUACAGCUUAGCAAAAAGACAGUGUUUGUGAUGACAGACAAGUAUGCAAAGACCGAAAAUUUUAAGAUAGCAUUUUACUUGUCCCAUCAGAGGCUCAUGGAUGAAAAAGUUGAUGUGAUUAUCUUGAUAUUUCUUGAGAAGCCCUUUCAGAAGUCCAAGUUCCUCCAGCUCCGGAAAAGACUCUGUGGGAGUUCUGUCCUUGAGUGGCCAACAAACCCGCAGGCUCACCCAUACUUCUGGCAGUGUCUAAAGAACGCCCUGGCCACAGACAAUCACGUGGCCUAUAGUCAGGUGUUCAAGGAAACGGUCUAGCCCUUCUUUGCAAAACACGACUGCCUAGCUUACCAAGGAGAUGCCUGGUGGUUUAAAUUGUUUUCAUGUAUGUCACACCAAAAGCGUGUUUUGAAAUUCUUCAAGAAAUGAGAUUGCCCAUAUUUCGGGGGAGUCACCAACAUCUGUCACAGGAGUUGGAAAGAUGGAAUUUAUAUAAUGCAUUGAGUCUUCUUUCCUAUGUCUCUGUGUCUCUAUUUGCACUUGAGUCUCUCCCCUCAGCUCUUGUAUAAAAUACUGUUGGGAAAGGAGUGCCAAGUAAAAAACACAGGGCUCUGAUGCUCCUGUAAUUGUGAUGAUUAAAUAUACACACAAUCAUGACAUUGAGGAGAACUGCAUUUCUACCCUUAAAAAGUACUGGUAUAUACAGAAAUAGGGUUUAAAAAAAGCUCAAGCUCUGUCUAUAUGAGACCAAAAUGUACUAGAGUUAGUUUAGUGAAAUAAAAACCCAGUCAACUGGCUGGGCACGGUGGCUCAUGCUUGUAAUCCCAGCACUUUGGGAGGCCGAGGCGGGUGGAUCACGAGAUCAGGAGUUCAAGACCAGUCUGGCCAACACGGUGAAACCCUGUCUCUGCUAAAAAUACAAAAAUUAGCUGCGCGUGGUGGCAGGUGCCUAUAAUCCCAGCUACUUGGGAGGCUGAGGCAGGAGAAUUGCUUGAACCUGGGAGGCGGAGGUGGCAGUGAGCCAAGAUUGUGCCACUGCACUCCAGCCUGGGCGACAGAGCUAGACUCUGUCUCAAAAAACAAACAAACAAACAAAACCCAGUCAACUUCUUAACCAAUUGCUUCUGUGACAUCCAGGGCCCCGUUCUGUGCAGAUCGAGUGUGGGCACCACACAGGUGGUUGCUGCUUCAGUGCUUCCUGCUCUUUUCCCUUGGGCCUGCUCCUUCCAUAGGGAAACAGCGAGAAAGAAAGACACAUCCUUACCAUAAACGGAUAUGGUCCACCUACAAAUGGAAAAAUAUUUAAAUGAUCUGCCUUUAUACAAAGUGAUAUUCUCUACCUUUGAUAAUUUACCUGCUUAAAUGUUUUUAUCUGUACUGCAAAGUACUGUAUCCAAAGUAAAAUUUCCUCAUCCAAUAUCUUUCAAACUGUUUUGUUAACUAAUGCCAUAUAUUUGUAAAUACCUGCACGCUUGAUACAGCAAUGUUAGAUGGUUUUGACGGUAAGCCCUAAAGGAGGACUCCGAGAGUGUGUAUUUAUCUAUACUUUUAUCAGAGAUGACAAUUAUUUGAAUGCCAAUUAUAUGGAUUCCUUUCAUUUUUUGCUGGGGGAUGGGAGAAGAAACCAAAGUUUAUAGACCUUCACAUUGAGAAAGCUUCAGUUUUGAACUUCAACUAUCAGAUUCAAAAACAACAGAAAGAACCAAGACAUUCUUAAGACACAUGUACUUUCAACUGGGUAUAAAUUCAUGAGUUCAAAGAUUGAAACCUGACCAAUUUGCUUUAUUUCAUGGAAGAAGUGAUCUACAAUGGUGUUUGUGCCAUUUGGAAAACAGCGUGCAUGUGUUCAAGCCUGUGAUUGAAGACAUAUUUUCCUCAUAUGUGGCAGUGCCAAAGGCUUUACUUUACCUGUGAGUACACACUAAAUGAAUUAUUUCCAAAGGACAUUUAAUCAGUAAGGGUCACAAAUUCCCAAAUUAAUCUCUGGAAUAAAUAGAGAGGUAAUUGAAUUGCUGGAGUCAACUGUUU